AAUAAGAUUAUCAAGUGUUUAUAUAUCUGGGGAGAGAAUGUUAAGAAAAUAAGCUUUGAAGUCCUCUGCCAUUUGUUUACACUAUUAAAAACUAUUAAAAGUCUUGCUCAGGACAAAUAAAUCUCAACUCAGGUCUUGCUUAAAUUUAAAAUUAUGAAUUCAGUUAAUUGUUAGUAGCUCCCUAGUCUUGCUAAAAAGGAAACCACCUUGGCUCAGGAGUGAUUGAUUAAUUCUUUUAUUUUUUUAAGUACUAGACGCAGCCAAAGAGUAGUAACUUCUGAAGAUCAAGGCCAAGAAAGGACAGAAAUUCUGAAUCCUAAAGCAAAAAUGGCUAACAAAGAAAAUGUAAGUCGACUUCCAGGGAGCAAAAAUAAUACAAUUGUGGGGAAAAAGUAUAUUCCUUUAAAAGCUUCUAAUGAAUUAACCAAUUCAACUGUAAUAAUUGACACACAUAAAUGUGAGGAUAAUAAUAAAAUUCUGCGGUUGUUACCAAAUGAUGAUAAUCUCCAAAGUCAACGUAUGACACUGAGCCAGGUAUUUCACCUUAAAAACAAUAGUAAAAAGAAACAGAUAACAGAAAAACCAAAGCAAAAUGCUAAUAUGCCCAAGAAACUUGUACUCGGAUCUUAUCGUGGCCAAAUUGUUCAAUCUAAGGUUAAUUCAUUUAGAAAACCUCUACAAGUCAAAGAUGAGAGUUCUGCAGCAACAAAGAAACUUUCAAGUAUUCCUAAAGCCACAAAGCCUCAGCCUACAAACAGCAGUGUAACGGUGAAAAGUGAUAGAAGCUCAAAUAUUACUGCUCCCACUAAGUCUGUGAGCACUACGUCUCAGAACGCACAACUUGUGCGACCCCCUAUUAGAAGUCACCAUGACAAUACCCAGGGCGCCAGGAAACAAGCCUUCAGUAGAACCUCUGGCAACAUUACAACCCGGAAAGGACCUUGCGAAAAAGAAUUAUUACAGUCCAAACCAAUUUUGUCUAAUAUCAAAACCAGUUCUUCUCAGGACAUUAAAAGAAACGGGGCCCUGUCUAGAAACACAGCAUCUGAAACUAUAGACAGACCUGCUUUCUCUUCUAAUUCCAAACUGAUAGAAAAGCCGAAAUCCACUCACCAGCGAAGAUACACUACAGCAAACGCAACUGUGGAUAACAGAUCAUCUCGACCCAAAGAAACAUCAGAAGAGAGAAAAGCUCGUCUGAGUGAGUGGAAAGCUGACAAAGGAAGAGUGCUGAAGAGGCCCCCUAAUGCAGUGGUUACUCACCACUGCGAGCCUGAAGGACAAAAUGAAAAGCCAGUUGGAUCUUUCUGGACCACCAUGGUAGAAGAAGAUGAACAAAGAUUAUUUACUGAUAAAGUAAACAGCACAUUUUCUGAAUGCCUCAACCUGAUUGAUAAGGGAUGUCCAAAAGAAGAAAUACUGGUCACACUGAAUGACCUGAUUACAAAAAUUCCAGAUGCCACAAAACUUGUUAAAUAUUGGAUAUGUCUUGCACGCAUUGAACCAAUCACAAGUCCUAUUGAAAAUAUUAUUGCAAUCUAUGAGAAGGCCAUUCUGUCAGGGGCUCAGCCUAUUGAAGAGCUGCAACCCAUAAUUGUAGAUAUUCUAACAAUGAAGAGUCAAGAAAAAGUUAAACUCGGAGAAAAUAUUGAGGCUUGUGCAACCAAGCAACAAAUCCAAGAAAUCAGCUGUGGAGAUACAGAGCCAGGACAACCAGAGACAGAGAAAGAACAUCAUAGAAAUGUGAUGUUUCGAGAUUGUCAAGAAGGGCAAGAUGACAAUACGAAAGAGCCAGCUGAUAAUGUUAAAACCCCCAGUGCAGAAGCUAGGGCAAGUUGCUUAAUUAAAUAUAUUGUAUCUAAUACACCAAACUUACAAAGUGGGAAAAAGGUGCAAUUUGACAAAACAGAUUUAAUAUUUAAAGAGCUGAAAUUUUUAACACCAGUGAGACGUUCUCGGCGUCUUCAAGAAAAGGCUUCUAAAUUGCCAGAAAUGUUAAAAGACUGUUAUCCUUGUGUAUCUUCGUUGGAACAGUUAACAGCGUUGGAAAGUGAAACUGAUGCUUUUGUUUGCCGCCCUAACGUAGCACUGUGUGGGAUGUACUCCGAGACUGAAACAACAGAAAAAAAAUAAAGGUCUGCUAAGGAAUAGGGUUUCAUUAUUCCUAGGGUGUUUUGUUUUGUGUAGUUUUGUAUAUCCGUAAUAUCAGGAGUUGACCAAGUACCUAUGUAUCCUAAGCAUUCUGGCAGUGAGCUCCCUUACCAACAGUCACGUUACAGGAGUUUUUACAACCCAGACUGCUGUGCCUUUGUAUCAUGAAUGAUAUGAGUCUGUGUCUGUGGUCUCUCGGCCGCUUUAGAUUGUACCUGCGGCCACAAAGAAGGAUGGUUUACUAUGGAUCCCAUUUCUAGGAGAAGCUACUUUGUAUAAGAAGGAAAAGAUGCUAAGUUUAGUGGAUAUUCAAAAUAUUAAUCCAAGUUGGUUUUUUGUAACUUGACUUAGAUAAAAUGCUAAAAUUUUAACUUUAGAGAAAACAUCACUGUUAAAUUGUGUCCCCUAAAACAAGAUAGUUAUAUAGUAACACUUUUCUUCUCCCCAUUCACAAAUACCACCAAGUAAUACUGCUUUUUAAUUAAUACUACUACUUAAUGGCGUAUUUCCCCUAUCAACUCUAUAAUUAAUGGCAUAUUUCCCCUAUCAACUCUAUAAUUUCAAAUAAGUGAAUUUUUAAUCAUAGGAGAUUAUUUUAGAAACUAGGUAUAUAAUAUGCAUGUGAUUGAACAUCACAUAUUUGGUCUCAUUUAGGUUUAUUCCAUGUGCAUAAAAUCUCUGCACUGUUGUCUUAUGUUCUAGACAGUAGGAUUGUUACUCUUAUUACCUGUGUGCCUAACGUGCAUACAAUAAAAAUAUCUGAUUUUUAUAAGUGAUUUCCCAAAGAUGUGAUAUUUACUUCAAUAAAUAUUUUAUGAAAUGCAGCUGAACUACAGUGAAUUUGAGCUUUGCUUUUGAAAUACAUUGUAGUGAGAUUUGAUUUGGGGGUUUUGACGCAUGAAUUAAGUAUGUGCAACUUAACUUUUUUUCACUUUAACAGAAACAACAACUAUGUUCUUUAGUUUGUUUUUCAUACUUUGUAUGAUGAAUGACCCAAAAGAUGUU